GCGUCAGAAACAGCAGCUCUCCAAGAAGUCCACCUAUCAGGCAUUACUAGACUCAGUCACAGUAGGCAAAGACAGUACCAACUUCCAAAUCAUCAAUGAAGCAACUAAGUCUUCACAAGACAUCUAAGAAGCACAUCAUAUUAUCCCCAACUUCAGAUGAGGAAAUUGAAGUUUAAAAAGUCACUUGCUCAAAGUCACAGCUAGUGACUGGUAUCUUUACUUGUUGUAGCUGGUAACCAGAACUUUUACCUGGAUAUGUUGACUCUUAUUAAGCACCAUGUUCUAUCGCUAUUACACAAUGUACAAUUGAGCAUGCAGCCUGAGCAUGGUACAGAUUUGGUGAAUGCCUAAACCUCAAAAUGUAGGUAGGCUAGGGGAUCGAGGGACUAUGCAAUUGGAAAAUAUAAGUCACAAAUUUCCCCUCUCCUAAGCUGCUUCACUAGCAGAUCACCAUAGUUAUUACAUACCGAAAAGAUUAGAGCAGUACUGUGUCCCAAGUUUUUUUCCUUACCUGUUGAGUCACCAGACUACUAGAGAUGGGCCAUACAACGGGGCCAGUCAUAGAGGAAGUGCUAUGGACUUGGCUAGGAAGUGUGGCUGUGCACAAGUACCUGAUGUUCCCAACGUGACCCUCACUUCCAGAUCAUCCCCCAUCUUUGAAAGGCAUCCUAAGCUUCUAAGGCCACCCAGACAAAGCUGGCUUAAUUGGUAAUUCACAUAACUGAAAGAUAUAGUUAAAGCCAUGUGGUCUAAGUCCCUAAUAGCUUGGAUAGUAACUCCACCAACUCACUAACAAAUCAGACUGAGAAGAAAUCCCCACUUUCACUGCAAAGCUGUGAGAGAGCUCCUUGUAACUACCAAAGCUCUGGCCUUAUACUGCUGUACUGAGAGAUCUCAGAGUAGACAACAAAAACUACCCCAGAACAUCAGGAGUUUUUCUGUAACAUUGUAAGGCCUUUAGCUUAGCGAAGGAUCCCAACUUUAUUCUUAGACAGGAAGGGCAAUUGCACAAUGAAGAAGGCUACAUUCCUUAUGAAGUUUUAGUAUAUUGAGCACAACCUGAACAAUCCAGCAUCAUAAUGACAUAUACUGAGGCAAAGUAAAUGACACAAAAGCACCUGAAUACCAGUGUGGGCCAACUUGCAGAUUCUCAGUGCUGCUUGAUACCAGUAUAGUUAGUGGUAGGUCCCCACAUAUGGCCUUUUACAAGACUAUAGAUCAAUUUUUCUGCACAUACCUCUCUGGAUCCUGAAAAUAUGAGAGAUAGUGCUGUUCAGAUCAGAUGCCAGAACCAGAGCCCACCAGAUCUGGAUGCCUUCAAAGGAAGAGAAGCCACAGUCCGAGAGCACCCACAGGAUCUCAGCAUAAGACAGCACAUGGCUCAGAAGUGAGCUGAGAAGCCCAACAAGCAAGUUAUCCAGAAUGUCAGCAAUAUGGCUUCCAAGACAGAACUUUGAGGACCCCUUGGAACAGACUCCAUUUUCAGUCUGUUUCCAGGUCCCUCUUUUGACUGAAGUUUAUAGUAUAGAAGGAAAUAUUUUCAGAUUUAAAAUCAAUGAAGAAAGUCCCCUGAAGCCCAGGUACGAAGUUCCCGAUGUCCUCACAAGCAAGCCAAACACUGUAAGGCUAAUUUCAUGCUCCAGGGAUAUAGGCAGUCUGGAAUUAACAAAUGGAAAAGGAGAUCUUAAGUGUCAUAUCACAGCAAACCCAUUCAAGGUGGACUUGGUGUCUGAAGAAGAGGUUGUAAUGAGCAUAAACUCCCUGGGCCAAUUGUACUUUGAGCACCUGCAGAUUCCUCUCAAGGAAAGAGCUACCAAAGAAAAUGAAGAAGAUGCAUCAGUUGACACCUCUCAGCAAAAUCAAGAGGACAUGGGCCUGUGGGAGGAGAAAUUCGGAAAAUAUGUGGAUGUCAAAGUUAAUGGUCCUGCCUCCAUUGGUUUGGAUUUCUCCUUGAAUGGAUUCGAGUAUCUCUAUGGGCUCCCACAACAUGCAGAAUCACACCAACUUAAAAAUACUGGUGAUGGAGAAGCUUACCGUCUUUAUAACUUGGAUGUCUACGGAUAUAAAAUAAAUGACAAAAUGGGCAUUUAUGGUUCAGUUCCUUAUCUCUUGGCCCACAAACUGGGCAGGACUUUAGGCAUUUUUUGGCUGAAUUCUUCAGAAACACUAGUGGAGAUCAAUACAGAGCCUGCAGUAAAGUAUACACUGACCCAGAUGGGCACGGUUGCUGCUAAACAAAAGGUCACAUCUCGAACUAACGUUCACUGGAUGUCAGAGAGUGGAAUCAUUGAUGUUUUCUUGCUGACAGGGCCUACACCUUCUGACGUCUUCAAGCAGUACUCGUCCCUUACAGGCACACAAGCCAUGCCCCCUCUCUUCUCCUUGGGGUAUCAUCAGUGCCGCUGGAACUAUGAAGAUGAGCACGAUGUAAAAGCAGUGGAUGCAGGAUUUGACAAACAUGACAUUCCUUACGACGUCAUAUGGCUGGACAUAGAGCACACUGAGGGCAAAAGGUACUUCACCUGGGACAAGAAAAGAUUCCCAAACCCCAAAAGGAUGCAAGAGCUGCUCCAGAACAAAAAACGUAAGCUUGUGGUCAUCAGUGACCCCCACAUCAAAAUUGAUCCUGACUACUCAGUGUAUGCUAAGGCCAAAGAACAGGGCUUCUUUGUGAAAAAUCAUGAAGGAGGAGACUUUGAAGGGGUAUGCUGGCCAGGUCUCUCUUCCUACCUGGAUUUCACCAAUCCGAAGGUCAGAGAGUGGUAUUCAGGUCUUUUUGCUUUCUCUGUUUAUGAGGGAUCUACUGACAUCCUCUACAUAUGGAAUGACAUGAAUGAGCCCUCUGUCUUUAGAGGGCCAGAGCUAACCAUGCAUAAGAAUGCUAUUCAUCAUGGCAACUGGGAGCACAGAGAACUUCACAAUAUCUAUGGUUUUUAUCAGCAAAUGGCUACAGCAGAAGGACUGAUACAGCGAUCUAAGGGAAAAGAGAGACCCUUUGUUCUUACACGUUCUUUCUUUGCUGGAUCACAAAAAUACGGUGCUGUGUGGACAGGCGACAACAUAGCAGAAUGGAGUUACCUGAAAAUUUCUAUCCCUAUGUUACUCACUCUCAGCAUUACUGGGAUCUCUUUUUGUGGAGCUGAUGUAGGUGGCUUCAUCGGGAAUCCAGAGGCAGAGCUGCUUGUGCGUUGGUACCAGGCCGGAGCCUACCAGCCCUUCUUUCGUAGCCAUGCCACCAUGAACACCAAGCGACGGGAACCCUGGCUUUUUGGAGAGGAAAACACCCGGCUCAUCAGACAAGCCAUCAGAGAACGUUAUGCCCUUUUGCCCUAUUGGUAUUCUCUGUUCUACCGUGCACACGUGACUUCUGAACCUAUCAUGAGGCCUCUGUGGGUAGAGUUCCCUGAUGAAUUACAGACUUUUGGUGUAGAAGAUGAAUAUAUGCUGGGAAGUGCUUUAUUGGUUCAUCCAGUCACAGAGCCAAAAGCCACUGUGGUUGAUGUAUUUCUGCCAGGAUCAAAUGAGGUCUGGUAUGACUCUAAGACAUUUGCUCAUUGGGAAGGAGCAUGUACUGUGAAGAUCCCAGUAGCCUUGGACACUAUACCAGUGUUCCAACGAGGUGGGAGUGUAGUACCAAUAAAGACAACUAUAGGAAAAUCCACGGGCUGGAUGACUGAUUUCCCGUAUGGACUCCGGGUGGCUCUAAGCACUGAGGGUUCUGCUGUGGGUGAAUUCUAUCUCGACGAUGGCCAUUCAUUUCAAUACCUCCACCAGAAGCAAUUCUUGCACAGGAAGUUUUCUUUUUGUUCAGGUGUUUUGAUCAACAGUUGCGCCGAUGAGAGGGGUCAUUAUCUCAGCAAGUGUGUGGUGGAGCAGAUCUUGGUCCUAGGCCUCAAGAAGCAGCCAUCUUUGGUGACCACUCAUUCAUCUGAUGGUAAAGAUCAGCCUGUGGCUUUUACAUAUUGUGCCGAAACAUCCACCCUGAGCCUAGAGAAGCUUUCACUGAACGUUGGCACUGACUGGAAGGUCUACAUUAAAUGACAGAGAAGAGUGUCUGCUGACAAGCUCAAAGAGCAGCCUUCACCUUUCAACCUUUCCCUUGGUCUUUUUUGGGAGUUGUGCUGCAUACUAAUUGACUUCUCUGGCUCAGAAUAAUCUUUCAUUAGUCCUCAGUUUAUUAAUGAACAAUAGAUUUCAGAUUUUAUAUUUUUACAUGUAUUAGUAAUACUCUUUGUGCCAAACACCACCUCCUCUAGAUGCAGGGAACCCUGAGACAUUUAUAGAGUUCAUGUAUCUUCCAUUGCUUUUUGGGCCAUGGUCCUUUGGUAAGCACUGUGACCCACUGAGUGGCUUCUCUCUGAGCACAGCUGGGUGCGUUUGUUUUAUGUGAGAUUUGGGCCAAGCCCACCUUGUGUGGCCCAUUUGUGGAAGCUUACCUCAGGCCAUGCAGCAGAGUCACUCUGGCUACAGCAGCUGAGCUGCUCGAGGCUAUCUCCAGAUGGACAGCAGCCUCUGGUACUCCCCAUAGUUAUCUUUUACCCCCUUGAGUGUGGGCAGAACAACCCUUUUCUGCUUGCACUGCAUACAUUGCAGCAACAGGGAGUUAUUCUCCCCUAGAGAUUGACUCAGGAGUACAAAGGAGUCUUUUCCCUGUCAUGCUUUUGGGUUCCAAAAUUCCAAAUUAAUCUUCUUAAAAUUCUAAUUUUUAAUCUUAAUUGUUAUUAAAUACUACUAACCAAAGAAUAUUUAUAACAUGAGUAAGCUAUAAUUAGUAAUAAUAAAAUAAAUAUCCAUGUCCCCACUACCGAACUUCAGAAAUAGAACACAGAACUCGGAAGAGGGUGAGGCAAGUAAGGCACUUGUCUUGGGCACAGAAUUUAAAGGAGUGGCAAAAAAAACACUGUUACCAAAAUAAAUCAUAUUUUAAAAUAUCAAAAUUAAUGCAAAACAUUCAUGAUUAACAAAAUAUCAAAUUAUUAAAUACUGACAGGAUCGGUAUUACUGAGUUCUCCUUUUACUUCUGGCUCCAGUACAGCCUGGCAUGGGAUAGAACUUUACAACAUACCCAUUCCUCGGGAUGCUGUCUGCUCUGGAGACCCCAGUGACUCCUUGCUGUCUGUCACAGCGGUUGGGGGACCCUCAUGAACUCAGCAUGGCUCAAAAUGCACAUUUACUUAUCAGGCUUUCUUUACUUAGCAACUUGCCAACGGCCACCCUGUGCCUUCUGGUCCCUGGGCCCCAAUAUCAACUCCUAUCCCUCUACCUGUGCAAAUCUUACCAGGCCCAAUUCAAAUUUCACUUUUCUAACUUUAAGCCUUUCUAACUAUCCUAACACCUCCAUUUCCCUGAACCCAUGAGCAGUGAUUUUUCCCCCUUCUGAAAUGCUGCCCCAUUUAUAAUAUGUAUUCUAUUUAGCAUUCUCAGGGAUGAUUCCGUAAUAUUUCAGGUUCGUCUGUCUCGUUCCACUACUAGAUUGUGUGUUCCUCAAGGGCUUGUUAUAUUUGUCUUAUAUCUGCCAGAGCACCAUUAUACUUGGCUUUCAGUAACUAUUGGCUGUAAUUGGUUAACUGAUGGAUUUGAUUGAUUAAAAAGUGAGAAUUGAAUGUA